AUGGAAACUGUAAACAAUAGCUAUUCGCGAACAAUAGAGGAAGUUCGCGAAACUUUAGAGCUAGCUGCUGUUAAAGAAUCUGGUUUGCAAAAUAUAACACAAAUUGUAUAUUCCGAACAAGAGCACGAUGUCGGCAAAUGUAUAAAGUUACUAGAACUUGAUGAACAUUUGAUGGAAACAAUCAGUAAAGGAGAUAGUUUAACAUUUCAGGGUAAUAAGGAAGAUACUGUGGUAUUAUGUACAAAAAAUCAAACAUAUGAUAUUAAGGAAGCAGAAACAUCUAAUUCAUGUAUGCUAGUACCAAAUUUAAAUUUAUUUGAACAAACAAAAGUGGAUGCAAAUGAUAGAAUAGUAAAAGCUUACAAUAUUUCUGGAGUUUUUCAUACAUACUAUGAGGUAAAAGAAUGUGAGCCUAGAUUGGAAAAAUUACAUAGUGUACUGAAACCCACAUCUUUUAAUGGAGUAGAAUAUGAAUCAGCAAUACCUCAAGAACUUUUGUAUGAUUGGCAAAGAUUACAAAAUGAAGUACAAGCCAGUGAAGAUGAAUUAACUCAAGCAUUAAAAGAUUAUUUAAUAGUUACUAUCAAUGGCUAUUUUAGGCUAAUAUCAUUUGAAUGUGAAGUUAGAAGUUUAACAUUGAUGUUGGAUCUUUUUGAUGAAAAUAGUUGGGAAUUAAAUGAAGUAGAUAAAGAAAUUACAUAUGAAUCUUUGAAAGAAUUUAUUGUCAAACCAGUUUUUGAUAUUUUAUUCACAAAAUAUACAGAAGUAAGUGACAAAUCAAAAACAGAUGGAACACUGUUAUUUAGAUACAAUGAAGAGCAAUGUUGUAAAAGUUUAGCAAAAGUACUUCUUUCUGCUUCUCCAGUAACUGAAUACAAACAAUUCAUGGAAUCAUGGUGUAUUGGUACACCAGAAAAAAUGAAACCAAAAGAAGAAUAUUUAAGAGGAAUAGCUCUUGUAACAUGGAAUAAUUCAUUUCUAAAAAAAGAAGUAGUGUCUUUUCCAGAAAUUGAUUUGCCAAAAAACAUUAAUCAAAGAUUUAAUUAUCUUUUUAAAGCAAAAGAUAAGUGGACAGUUCAAGAAAUAUCACCCUAUAUAUUAAAGCUGGCAACAAACAAAAUGAAUGUUAAUGCUCUUCUAACAAAAUAUGCUAGAUGUUCAGUCGUUAAUGGUAUUAAGUACUACAGUUCAAAACAUGAUAAAUAA